UGGUAUUAUAGCCAUAUUACAGUUUUGGUCUUAAGAAGAUAGAGUAAUCACUUUUUGAAUUCUCUGAUAUAUAGGUACUUGCGUCCCCUACUACGGUCACUAUGCUGGGCAAAGUGUUUUUGGUUUUGUUGUUAUUGUUUGAAUUGUCAUGAUCUGAAUGUUUUCAGUUAACAGGAAAGUUUUGGUUGUACUUGUAAGAACCACCUUUUCGAAUAUACAUGUUAAAUUAUAUUGCUUAACAUCUGAAUAGAAUGUGAGUAAGCUUCUAAAAUAUACCAUGCCUCUAUAAUGAAAAUUUUUAAAUAAGAGCUUUCAUUUUUAAAUGCUAAAAUCUUUGAUUCCAUUUCUGUAAUAAAUGGUAGUCUGAUGGGAAGGAAGGAGAGAAUCAAAGCUAGCUUUUAAGCUUUUUUGCCCAGUGAGUGAAGAUCUGUUGAACAUUUACAUUUUUUUCCUAUGUAAACAAUGACUUUUGUGACCUGGUAGAAAUAAUUUAUUUUUUAUUCUUUACUAGAGAUAACUCGUGAAUUGUUAUUUGAAGAAAAUAAGGGAUUGGCCAGUUUUUAUCUUUAGAAACUUGGUAAAAUCCUACCUUGACUUUUCUUUUUAGAAUUCCUAUUUCUGCCUGUUCUGGUACUCUUUUUUUUUUUUUCCUGUGAAUUAAUGUUAUGGGAUUAAGUAUCCAUCUUCCUUGUGACCCUCAAGGGAAGACUCUGGACUCUUAGCCCAAAGUUGUUAGAGCUUCUUCUUAUUUUUGAAAUUCUUUUGGGUGUGUGUGUGUGUGUGUGUGUGUGUGUGUGUGUGUGUGUGUGUGUGUGUGUGUGUGUGUUUAAAAUAUACACUCCUUCAGAACAGGGGCUGUUGCCUUUUUUAUUCUUGACUACACAAUGCUUAGCCCAUAGUAAAAGCUUAAUAAAUGCUUUUUUAUUCAUUCAAAACCCUUUAGGUUUAACAAAUAGUACUCCAGGCAUGCCUAAAAUCCAUUCCUUCAUCACCUCUCUCUCUUACCCCCCCUUAUCUUUCUUAAAGACUCAACUCAAAUCCCAUCAUCUGCUGGAGGGCUUUUCUGUUUGUUUGUUUUUUUCCUACCACUCUUUUAGGCCCCAGGGUCUUUCUAAAUGACCUUCCAACUGCACUGUAUAUAUCUUGUAUCUACAUGUUGUGUUCCUCAUUAGAAUGUGAACUCUUUGAAGAUAAGGACAAUGAUCUUGCCUAUCUUUGUAUCUCCAUCUUUUUUAACAUGGUGGAGAGUAUGUAAUGAGCACUUAAUAAAUAAAUCUUCAUUAACCUGAUUUGGAAUGUUCUAUAAAGAAUUGGAUAAGAUGAAAUAUCAGGAAGUGUAAAACAAUUUAUGUAUAGCAUAUGAGUCUAUUAUGACAAGGUCUAAGGGGGGAAUAUAAUAUAACCUUUUCUUAUAGUGGAAUUUGAUCAUCAUAUAUUUUUUGAACUUACAUUCUUUGUUUGCAGAAGUUGAAAUACUAAAUCAUAUUGAAUUAUCAAUUAUAAGAAGCACUUUAAAGUCUGUAAAAAGGGAGUUAUUUAAUUCAACAAGCAUUUAUUAAAUGUUUUCUGUGUCCCUGGUGUUCAGCUAAGUAGUAGAGAUAGAUAGAUAAGAGGAAACAACCUGUAUUUUCAGGGAGAUGACAAGCUGCAUGGAAGAAACAACAAAGGAACACAUAAGUAAAUAUAAACAAAAUUUGAGGACAGGAAGCUCUCUCCUCUGGGAGAAUCACUGAACUGAGCCUUGGAAGGAACAGACAGACUCGCAGCAGAGAGAAUAGCAGUCUUGCUUACCUACCCUAUUUUUCUUUCUCUAACAUUCCUACUUGGUUCUGUCAUUGGUUUUGCUGGUGGCUAGGUCUAACCUGUUUGAAAUUCAGCAUAGAAGAGAGCAGGUGAUGUAAGUUGUUCAUCAACAGCAUCAGCAAGAGUCUACCGAGGAGGUCUUCCUCCAGGAGUAACUGCCCUAUACACGCACAAGAGUAGUAUCUGUUCUAUUCCUUGUCUUCAGUUAUGAGUAGCAAUGCAGAAUUCUUUGCACUGUUCUUCGCUUUAGUGUGAUUUUAUCCAUACUCUUUGUCCCAUAGCUUAGUUGACUGGUUAUCUUCUGUAUUAACAAAUUAUGAUGAUCAGAACAUUAGUAAGAUGCAAACAGUUAAGAAGGAUAGCAUUGCCUCCACUUUAUAUUUUGGGCAUGGUUGUUUUCACUGAUAUUUUAAUUUCCUCUAUAAAAUGAGGUUGGGUCAAAUGACCACGAAGGUCUCUUCCAGCUCUUGUUUUGUGAUCUUAUCCUAAUCUCAUGUCUGUCGUGACUUGGCUGUGUUCGAACUUAGACAAGCCUUAAUUUCAUCAUCUGUAAAAUGAAAGGGUUUGGUGAAAUGAUUUCUAAGGUUCAUUUCAGUUUGUAUGCUCAAAGUUACAGAAUACUAGUUCUGAUGUUGUUUAUGCUUUUUGCUUUUUAUGUACUUGGUAUUUUGGGCGCUGUCAAGUUAAUAAACUUCUUGUGGGUAAGAACUGUAUCUCCAUUCAUUUUUGCAUUUUCUCAUUGCACUUAAUACAAUUUCCUCCAUGUAUCUUAAAUAUUACUUCUGGUUAGAAAUCUCAGUGAAAAUUAUUUAUCUAUUCUUAGACUGCCUUGCUUCAAUGGAACAAGUUCCAGAUAAAGGAAAAUGGAUUCUUUACUUUGUGGAUUAUCUCUUAUUUUCUUUCAUUUGUUGUCCAAUUGAGUCUCAACUAUUUCCCGGGGUGCUAGGCCAGGAAAGGGGGAAUUGUGAUUAGAUAUGAAGUGGGAGGAUGGAUAUGUCUGGAUAUCUGAACAUCUCAUUUUUUUUCACAAGUCUAGAUAACUUUGUAAUCUGUGCUUCUGCUCUACUAUAUUAGCAAUCACGCCGUUUCUGCAAAUGAAUAUAGAGUUACUAUAGCUCACCCUUGGGACCAACUAUGUCAAUGGUAAGGGCAGUCCAUAGGAAAUUAGGUUGCUCAUAAUUUAUGGAGUGCAAUUGGUCCACUGACACCGAGACUGUUCUCAUUUCUAUUCAGUUUCAUUCAGCAGAUUAUAUGUGAGGAGGAUAGAAAAUGACAAGGUACCUAGCAGCUGUGCUUUCAAUUGAGCUACUGUACUAGAGGCAGGCUGAAUUAUUUUAGGACUCUGUAAGAUAAAACUAGAAGCCAUAGUGAAGUAGUGGGAUUAUUUGUGGAAAGUAGCAAGAGCAGGAGUAGAGGGACUUUGCUUAUCCAUCUUUACUCAGGAGGAAUUGCUAGGCAAAGUGAGUCAUUGCAAAUAGUGCCCUGAUUAAUUAAGAUGAGUUAAGAUUAGUAACACAUUUGUGGCAACUGUGAAUAGUUAUCAAGAAUAUAACAAUUCAAAUAGUUGGUGUACUGAGGGCAGGAUUAUUUUCAAAGAAUGCUAUAAAAAGUACUCAAUUUAUGCUUGAUUAUAUUUUUAGAAUGCUCAUUUCAUUCAUAAAUGUUUUUGUUAACUAAAAUAUUACAUAUGGUAAACAUGUCAUCUUUGUUUUGUAUAACUUGGUUGCAGGAUAUUAGCAGAACCAGUUUUGUCAAUGAUUUAUUUAGAAAAUAUGUGCUGAGGCUAUUUUUAUUUUCAUUUGUUUAUUUUCCAUUUAUAUUUUCUGACUUUUAAGCCCAGAAGAAGAAAAAUUAGUGACAAGAUACUUUGCUUUCAGUUUCCAUUAGUACAGAUUCUUCUUUCAUUAACAUUUGGUGGGUCUGGGAGCACCUUAAUAAAGUCUGGGUAAUUUAGUUUUCAGUUUAAAUUCUCAACUGGCAAUUGGCCGAAAGGACACGUGUCUGAAGACUUGAGCAUCCAAAUGCUAUUUUGUGAUUGGCUACUAUCUGCUUGACAUAGGCGGGCCCUAUCAAGAAAGUCUAAAGGAAUCAUCGAAGAGAAAUCAAAGGGAUGAAGAGUUACAGAACAGAUGGGAUGAAAUAAUCCAUGAAGAGGAAGCCAGGGAGAAACUCUGAACCAAACAGGAAACUCCUAAACUACCACAAGAAGAUUAAAAAGAUGCUCCUCCUGCACCAGGAAAGAUCGGAAGAUCUUUUUCAGUGUUGUUGAAGGUGUGGGAUAUAAGAGCUUGAUCUGUUGGUUCCCAUCUACCUUCUUUUCUAAAGUUACAAAUUAUAAUAAUGUGGUAGAAACUAAUUCGGAUUCAGAUGAUGAGGAUAAACUACAUAUUGUGGAAGAAGAAAGUGUUACUGAUGCAGGGGAUUGUGAUGCUAGUGUGCCAGAAGAUGAUUUGCCAACAGACCAGACAGUGUUACCAGAAAGCCAUGAACAGGAAGGAAGUACCAGCAGUUGCUGGGAAGAUGAUGGAAAGGAAGGAAAAGAAAUCCUGGGGCCUGAAGCUCAGGCAGAUGAAGCCACAUGCGCAGUAAAAGAGGAUGAAUGUGACUCGGAUGCAGAAAAUGAGCAAAACCAUGAUCCCAAUGUUGAAGAAUUCCUACAACAAGAAGAUACAGCUGUUAUCUAUCCUGAAGCACCUGAGGAGGACCAGAGACAAGGCACCCCAGAAGCCAGUGGUCAUGAUGAAAAUGGAACGCCAGAUGCAUUUUCUCAACUUCUUACCUGCCCUUAUUGUGACCGAGGCUACAAACGCUUUACCUCUCUGAAAGAACACAUUAAAUAUCGCCAUGAAAAAAACGAGGACAACUUCAGUUGUUCCUUGUGCAGCUACACGUUUGCAUACCGAACACAACUUGAACGUCACAUGACAUCCCAUAAAUCAGGAAGAGAUCAAAGACAUGUGACCCAGUCUGGGGGUAACCGAAAAUUCAAGUGCACAGAAUGUGGCAAAGCUUUCAAGUACAAACACCACCUUAAAGAGCAUUUAAGGAUCCACAGCGGAGAGAAGCCAUACGAAUGCCCAAACUGCAAGAAACGUUUUUCCCAUUCUGGUUCCUAUAGCUCACAUAUAAGCAGUAAGAAAUGUAUCGGCUUGAUGCCUGUGAACGGCCGGUCCAGAACGGCGCUCAAGACGUCCCAGUGCUCGUCCCCUUCUCUGUCGGCAUCCCCAGGCAGCCCCAGCAGACCCCAGAUCCGGCAAAAGGUCGAGAACAAGCCCUUGCAAGAACAACUGCCAGUAAACCAAAUUAAAACUGAACCUGUGGAUUAUGAAUUCAAGCCCAUAGUGGUUGCUUCAGGAAUCAACUGUUCGGCCCCGUUGCCCAACGGGGUCUUUGGCGGUGGCAGCCCCUUGCAGGCCACCGGCUCUCCUCAGGGUGUGGUGCAGGCUGUGGUCCUCCCGACGGUCGGCUUGGUGUCUCCCAUAAGUAUCAACCUGAGCGACAUUCAGAACGUCCUCAAAGUGGCCGUGGACGGCAGCGUCAUCCGGCAGGUCCUGGAGAACAAUCACGCCAACCUGGCAUCCAAAGAUCAAGAAACAAUCAGCUCGCCCACGAUACAGCCGGCGGGGCAUUCCCUCAUUUCGGCCAUUAGUCUUCCCUUGGUUGACCAAGAUGGAACAACCAAAAUUAUCAUCAACUACAGCCUGGAGCAACCUGGGCAGCUGCAGGUGGUUCCCCAGAAUCUGAAAAAAGAGAACGUGGUUCCCACCAACAGUUGCAAAAGCGAAAAGUUGCCCGAAGACCUUAGAGUGAAGUCUGAGAAAGAGAAGCACUUUGAAGGAGGCCCGGAGGACAGCACCUGCCUUCUGUGCGAGGACUGCCCCGGAGACCUGAACGCACUUCCAGACCUAAAGCACUAUGACCCCAAGCAGCCCGCUCCGGCCGCCCAGCCCGGCGUCCCCGAAGCGGACAAGACCGAGCCCCCCGCCCCGGCGGACCCCGGAGAGGGCCGCCUGUCCCCCAGUCAGCCGCCGCUGAAGAACCUCCUAUCUCUCCUCAAAGCCUACUACGCCCUCAACGCCCAGCCCAGCGCCGAGGAGCUCUCCAAGAUCGCCGAUUCUGUGAACCUGCCCCUGGACGUGGUGAAAAAGUGGUUUGAGAAAAUGCAAGCCGGACAGAUUCCAGGACAGGCGUCCGAUCCGUCCUCCCCCGAACCGGGCAGAGUCGGCGUCCCUGCCGCCGACAAGGACCCCACAGCGUCUGCGAGUGCGGACGAACCCCAGGACGGCGCGGCGCCUUCCAAGAGUCCAGGGAAGACGACCAAGUCUCCUGCUGUCCCGGUGGGCUCCGCUCUGAACAGCUCCAGAAGUCGCACGCCAUCCCCAUCCCCACUCAACCUCUCUUCAUCCCGAAACACGCAGGGUUACGCGUACACGGCAGAAGGGGCACAAGAAGAGCCACAAGUGGAGCCUCUCGAUCUUUCACUACCAAAGCAACAUGGAGAAUUACUGGAGAGAUCCACCAUCACUAGUGUUUACCAGAACAGUGUUUAUUCUGUCCAGGAAGAACCCUUGAACUUGUCCUGCGCCAAAAAGGAGCAGCCACCCAAGGACAGCUGUGGGACGGACUCAGACCCAGUUGUCAAUGUGAUCCCACCAAGUGCCAACCCCAUCAACAUCGCCAUCCCCACCGUCACUGCCCAGUUACCUGCCAUCGUGGCCAUUGCCGACCAGAACAGCGUCCCGUGCUUGCGGGCACUGGCUGCCAAUAAGCAGACCAUUCUGAUUCCCCAGGUGGCAUACACGUAUUCUGCGACGGUCAGCCCCGCCGUCCAAGAAGCACCCGCCAAAGGCACCCCGGCCAAUGGAAAUCAGGAUGAAAGGCAAGACACUAGCUCAGAAGGAGUAUCAAAUGUAGAGGAUCAGAAUGAUUCUGAUUCUACCCCACCCAAAAAGAAAAUGCGGAAGACAGAAAAUGGAAUGUAUGCCUGUGAUUUGUGUGAUAAGAUAUUCCAGAAAAGCAGUUCCCUAUUAAGACAUAAAUAUGAACAUACAGGUAAACGGCCUCAUGAGUGCGGAAUCUGCAAAAAGGCAUUUAAACACAAACACCAUUUAAUCGAGCACAUGCGCCUGCAUUCUGGAGAAAAGCCUUAUCAAUGUGACAAAUGUGGAAAACGUUUCUCACACUCGGGGUCUUACUCACAACACAUGAAUCACCGCUACUCUUACUGCAAGAGAGAAGCUGAGGAGCGCGAUGGCCCCGAGCAGGAAGAGGCAGGCCCAGAAGCCCUGGCUCACGAGCGUGCGGGGACCAGGGCAUCUCCCUCCCAGAUCGACUCGGAUGAGAGAGAGAGUUUAACCAGGGAAGAGGAUGAAGAGAGUGAAAAAGAGGAAGAUGAGGAGGAGGAAAAGGAGGUGGAAGAACUUCAGGAAGAAAAAGGAUGUGGAAAACCCCAAGAGGAGGAGGAGGGGGAGGAAGAAGAGGAGGAAGAGGAAGAGGAGGAAGAUGAGGAGGAGGAGGGCGAGGGAGAAGGAGCAGAUGCUGAGGGUCCCAGGAAGGAUGAAGAGGCCGUCAACCAAGCUCGCAGUGUAGAACAAGAAAUCACAGAGAAUGGCGAAUAAGGAUCGAAAGAGAAAACAAAUGAAGCUUGAUCAGUUUUUCUUAGAAGAAAGAUAAAAUCUCAUUGGUAAUGAAGUUUGUUCUAUACUAUACAUGCUUUUCAUGGAAACAUGGUAGCUUGCAUACCGUGAUUUCUCUUCACUACUGUGUAAAAAAAAAAAGUUAAAAAAAAUACAAAAACCCACAAAAAAAAAUAUCCAGGUGUGCCUGAACCUCAAACCUAGUAAUUUUUCACGCAAUUUUCAAAGUUAGGAACAAGUUUGUAACAUGAAGCAGAUUAGAAAAAUAAAUAUAGUGACUCUGAAAGCAAAGAUUCAACAGGUUGAAGGAAACCUGAUUUAUUAGACAAGCAUCUGGCAUCAUUUUCUUUUAUCAGUAUUAAUUUUCAUUCUUUUGUUGGUUAAUUUUUGAGCUGUACAAUUGGGAGAGAUUUAUAUAAUUUUUUAUUGGUAAAACAUUUGCUAAAUCCGCUUCAGUAUUUUAUUAUGUUUUUUUUAAAAUGUGAGAACUUCUGCACUACAGAAUUCCCUACCCAGAAGUACGAUGCAGUUCCAAACCGUGCUGACUGCCUUCUGGCGCUUCCGUCUCAGAGGUAGUUAAUAUCUAACAUUUAGAUGCUGUAGUCAAGCAUUUUAUCAUUUCAAGUAUGGUGUUAGCCUUCAGAGAGCAGCCCAUAGAAGAACGGAAGUUUCUUACUCAUGUGGUUUAAAAUGUAGUUGAAAAAGAUUGUCGUUGAGUUCUGAUUGCAGGGACUAACAGUGUUAAUACUGGUAAGGACAGCAAAGUCGUCAAAAAAAUCAGUGUUUGUAAUUGUGUUUGAGUAUGUAGUAACAAAUAUGAAGGAUAUGAUAUGAAGCUUUGUAUCUCCUUUGGCCUUAAGCAAGACCUGUGUGUGCUGUAAGUGCCAUUUAUCAGUAUUUUCAAGGCUCUCGCCAGCCUUGGGUCAAUGUGUGGCCUACAAUAACUAGCAUUUGUUGAUCUGUAUCAAAAUUCUCAAAUGAAACUUAAGAACAUCAUCUCUGUCAUUAGAGAAACAAAACCCCUGGAACAUUUCAUCCUUUAAUUCCUCAGUAUUCAUUUUGGGUUAACUGACUUUCAGAAUUUCUCUUCAGCAAUGACAAGGGAAAAUUUCUAAUCUGCUCUAUCCAUUGGUUUUAAUUUCAGACACAGACACAAGUCGUCAUUAUUUGGCUCAUAACUGUUUCCAAAUGUUAGUUAUUAUGGACCCCAUUUAUUAACAAAGUUAGCUGAUUUGUACCUAUCAGUAUUAUUUUUAUUUCUUUUAGUUUAUAGAUCUGUGCAACAUUUUUGUACUGUAUGUCUUCAAACCUCGCAGUAUUAAUACCCUUCUUACUGACAUAUGUACCUUUUUAGUUUUAGAAAACUUUUAUAUUUAUGUGUCUUAUUUUUAUAUUUCUUUAUUUAUUACACAGUGUAGUGUAUAAUACUGUAGUUUGUAUUAAUACAAUAAUAUAUUUUAGUAUGAAAAUUUGGAAAGUUGAUAAGAUUUAAAGUAGAGAUGCAAUUGGUUCUCUUGCAUUGAGAUUUGAUUUAACAGUGUUAUGUUAACAUUUAUACUUGCCUUGGACUGUAGAACAGAAGAUUAAAAUGGGAAUGUAUUAGUUUUACAAUUACAAUCAAGUCAUUUUACCUUUACCCAGUUUUUAAUAUAAAUCUCUUAAAUUUUGAAAUUCACCGUGUGACUAAUCGCAUGAUGCCCUGCAGUUUUAUUAAAGGAUUAGCCUGACCAUAAAGCUCUCAUUUCCUUAGAAAGCCAAACUAGGAUAACCUUCUAGAAACAGCAUUGGGAACAAUGUCUAACAGUUCUGUGCCAAUUUGUUCCUGUAUUCAUGUAUGUAAGUUACAAAUCUGAAUCUUCAUUUUUAAGUUCCUUGUUACACCAUGGUCAUUUUCUAGUUUUUUACCAGACUCCCCCAUCUCACAAUAAAAUGCGUCAACAAGCCUGA